CAAACCCCACCUUCUAUUUAGCUCUCCCUUACUGUAUUAUUCAUCCACAAACAAACCUUAAACAGAGUAAUUAAACCUCAAAGUGCAGCCAUGGACGAAAUUCUUAACCAAGUCCUUCAGGCCUGUAGGCUUUCUCGAGAGCUCGAGUCCUCCCUUCCUCAUAUUGCGAAUAAUCCAAACGUCUUACUCGCCUCUUGCGAGCAGGUCUCCCUCGCCUUCAACAAGGUAGUCUACGAUCUCCGAGGCUGCUUGGGGGGCUCUUCUUCUUCGUUCGAUCCCACAGGUCAGUUGAUCAUUGGCGAGAGAAUAAUGGAGGAUUGGAGCCAUUUGCAUGAUCCGGACUCAAUGCCAACGGGCCAGAUGGCCUUUUCGCAGUUUGGAUUGGAUAUUCAGGUAACGGGUGCUGCAAUUGCGGCAGUGGAAUUCGCCGAUGUUGGUGGUGGUGGGAGGCUCGCCGGCGGCGAGCAAGAGCAUGCAGUGGUGGUCGUGAGUGAGGCGGAAACAGGGCAUGGUGGAAGGCUGGGCGGGCCUGUCGGGUCAACGGGUCAACGGCCAUCUAGAAGAAGGAGGGACAGCGGCGACACACGAACGGUGAGGAUUCCCGCGCUUCGCACUGGAAAUUUGGAACUUCCACCGGAUGAUGGGUACACGUGGCGCAAAUAUGGACAGAAAGCCAUUCUUGGGUCAAAGUUUCCCAGGAGCUACUUCCGUUGCACCCACAGGAACUUCUAUGGCUGUAAGGCCAAGAGAAAAGUUCAAAGGCUCGACGCCGACCCCAACACGUACGAGAUAACCUACUGCGGAAACCACACGUGCCAAACCUCCCCUACACCUCUGAUUCUCCCCUCCAUGACGCCGACGACAAAUGAGAGCAUGAGUGGCAACGUAGCCAUAAUGACCGGAGCCUCACCGCCACCGGCUUUUCCCCUCUCCACGUCGAUUGAGCUUAGCAGCUGGUUUUUGAAAGAACAUGAAAGCGAGGGAAAGGCACCGUCCCGCCCUUUUCUCAGCUCGCAUGAGGUAGGGGAGAGUAGCAGAGCUCAUGCGGGUCCAUCAGAGCAGGCGGCGCCGCCUGUCAGGACUGGAAGGGAAGGGGAAGGAUCGGUCGCUGAUCUUGCAGAUGCUAUGUUCAAUUCAGGAAGUAGCAGUAACAGCAUGGAUACUAUUUUUACUUUUAAGACAGAUUAAUGGGAACUGAGAGGAGUAAUAAUAGCGAUAGUUGAUGGCUCUAAGCAUGGCUAGCUUGUUCAUUUGUUAGAUACUAAUUUGGAUUAAGAUAUUCUUGAUUGAUUUGAUUUUAUUUAUGUUAUUAUUUAGGUUAGAUUCUGAUAUGAUUCAAGGUUUGUAAGCUGGCUGAAGCCUUCGGGUAAUAUGGUAGGUUCAGUUUAUGUAGUGUGUACUCUUUGAUGAAGUAAUAAGAUUGUUGUUAGAGGAGUGUGCAGUCUUAAUGUGGAUCAGUUGAUAUGCAAUAAUGUUAAUGAGAUUAGACUUGAAGGUUGAUAAUUUACCUGCUGUUC